AUGGUGGAGGGCAAGGUCCUCCAAGAGCAAGCGACCUGGGUGCAGCUCAAGCUGAACUGGCAGGGCGGGUCCGCCAAUCUGUGGACCUCCGCCCACGGACUAGCGCUCUCCGCCAGCAGCUGGUGCGGGCCACUGCUAAGGCGCUGGGGCGAGCACCGCUUCCUGGUGGCGUGCCACGUGAGCUCCUGCCUUGGCUUCCUUUGCAUGCGGAGGACGUGGCUCUGGUGGGGCCUGGUGCCUCUACUGCUGGGCUCCCAGCGACGCCUGGUGUCCGCCUCCUGGCUGCUGCAGGAGGCCUGCAGGGCUGGGCUGGGUCGCGGCGAGGUGGUCGGCUUGAUGGCCACCCUCCGCGCUGCUUCAGAGGGGGUGAUCUCGCUGCUGUCUAAGCUGGCCUUCCAGCGCUCCGGGGAUGCGCCGGCCAGCAUCUUCCUUUUGCCGAGUGCGCUGAUCUUGCUGGCAGAGACGGUGCGCAUGCGCCUGGUGCUCCAUGCGGAGGAGGGCAGGCAGCUGCUGGGGGUGGGCCAGGGCUUCCGGCGCCUGGAGCUGCCGCCGCGCCGGGAGCCGUUGGGCCUCGGCCUCGAUCUGCUGGACCCCGCGGCGGUGCAGAUUUGCAGCAUCGCCGAGGGCUCCUUCGUGGACCGCCACAAUGAGUCCGCCGCAGAGGAGGACAAGAUCAAGGUAGGCGACUUCAUCCUCAGAGCUAACGGCACGUUUGGCGAGGCCGAUGCCAUCGCUGACAUCCUGCAGUCCGAGCGCCGGAGCCUGACGCUUACGCUGCAGCGCCCGGCCCGACGGCGGGUGUCGCUGCCGGCGGGCAAAGAGCAGGCAGCAGCGAGCUCCUUGCUGCUGUCCCUGCCGGAGAGCGUGACCCUUUACGCCAGCCGCAGCUUGGCGUCGCUGGGCCUCAGGCGCCACGACCGGGUCUGCGCGGCCGACGGCAGCAGCGCGUGCGCCGUGCGCAGCGCCGCGGAGCUGCGGCAGGCGCUGGAGCGAGGCGAGGCCUGCGACAUCAGCAUCGUGCGGCCCGGCAGUGAGGAAGCGUGA